CAAACAGUCAUGCAAAUGUGUUUCGUAACGCUACCUAUAGUAGCGUUACAAAAUAUGAAUUCAUGUGUAGGUUACGGUUCUGAUAAACAAAGCUAGAAAUUGUUGAUAAAUCUAUCGUUAUAAUAAUUUAUCGUGAGGUGCUUUAUAUCCAGUUGUGCUCCGGUGAUGUUUGCUAAAAUGCUACGCGUCGUUUCGAUAUCGUAAUUUACUCUUCUCACGGUGACACACACGAAAAAGAAGAUGUCGGAGUCAGAAAUAACGUUUGACGAGGAGCUCUCCGCGGAUUUAUUCUCAGAUAUAGAGUUAUCAACAGGCAUAAACAACGUUGUCAACUCAGAUUCUAGUUCCAUGUCUAUUGGUAUUAACGAGCCUGAGCCUUCGGAUGAUAUACCAGAAUGGAAAGGUAUGAGCAUGAAUGAGAUACGCAAAGGUCUUGGCGUAUAUGAACAUCAGGAACACCCACCGGUUGUUGUUUCUCCUCAUCACACAGUAUUGUUCACGUUACCGUUACCUGCACGUGGGCCGCCAAGACCGUAUCCUUCACAUCAGUUGGAUAAAUGGAGUCAGGGUUACGUACGAAUGCCACAUUCAGCGCACAGUUUAUAUCCCAUAGAACAGAGAAAUGGUAGUCGCUGUUGCCGAAAUAGGUGGGAGAUGAUACAAGAAGCCUUGCUCAGGAGCAUACUCUCCAGCCAGCAAUUGGAAGAGGCUAUACUCUCGUACAAUCAGAUAUACGCGCAACGUUGGAAUUUCGCGGCGCUCCAUUAUUUCUUCUCAGAGAUAAUGGACGAAGAGGAAACGACUAUCUUCUUCGAGACUCUGAUGCCAAAGAUAGUGCAGCUCGCUCUGCAGCUUCCUAUGCUGUUGACCGGCGCGGUUCCCCUGUUGAAGCGCCACACCAAUGGGUGCAUCAGCCUGAGUCAAUUGCAAGUCGCUUCGCUGCUGGCGAACGCAUUUUUCUGUACGUUCCCGAGACGCAAUUCCAGCAAUCCGCAAUCGGAAUAUGCAUCGUAUCCUCAUAUUAAUUUCAACAGAUUGUUCGCCGCUUAUAACGAGGAGAAGCAUAAUCGAUGUACUGCGGUGAUGGAGAAGAUCAAAUGUCUCUUCCAUUAUUUCAGGAGAGUAACAUCUAAGGUACCUGAAGGUGUAAUAACGAUCGAGCGACGUUACAUUCCCCCGGAAGAUUGCCCGAAAUGGCAUUCUUUAGUCAAGAAGUUACCAUCGUUGCAUAUAACGAGUAAAGGUACGAUCGAAAACGAAGGAGCCGGAUUCCUCCAAGUCGACUUUGCGAAUAAGUACGUCGGUGGCGGUGUGCUAGGCUUAGGCUGCGUACAGGAAGAGAUACGGUUCGUCAUAUGUCCGGAACUUAUGGUCACCAUGCUGGUUACGGAAGAGUUGGACGAUACAGAGGCGCUUAUCGUCAGUGGUAUCGAGCGUUACAGCAAAUACGAAGGUUACAGUAGCACCUUCAAGUGGAAAGGGGAUUUCGUCGAUGAGACCCCGAGGGACAGUAGCGGCAGGCGUAUGACGUCAGUCGUUGCCAUUGACGCCCUUUAUUUCAAACAGUCCUCACUGCAGUUCAACAUUAGCAACGUGACUCGUGAGCUUAACAAGGCGUACGUCGGAUUCGUCGGCUCCGACGUCAACAAGGAGAAUCUGUCGGCCAUCGCCACGGGGAACUGGGGGUGCGGGGCGUUUCACGGGAAUCCGAAGUUGAAGGUGUUGAUACAAUUGAUGGCAGCCGCGGUCGCGGGUCGGUCUAUGGUGUACUUCACUUUCGGAGACACGAAUCUGAGGGACGAGGUGGCGACGAUGUACGCGUAUCUGAUCCAACAUGACGUCGACAUAGCGCGGAUCUUCUCAAUGUUGUCGGAGUAUCAUCGAGAUUCCGCGUCAUCGAGCGCUCGUUCGGAUUUUUAUCGUUUCUUGUAUAACCGGAGCAAGAUGAAAUCCUUGAGUAAAUAUUUCACGAAGACCGAAAAUUCCACGUCGAAGAACCACUUCGCCGUUUGUCCGAGGGACAUGUCGCUGAAGAGCAACCGAGACUCGCCUGCGUCGAGGAAAGACGUCGAGAACAAGCGGUAUUUCCUUUAUUCGAAGGCGCCGGAAGAGGAAGUGGCAGAAGAGGAAAGAAUAUUGAAUUGGUUAACGAGUUGCGAUAGCGACGACAAUGACGAUAACGAGAAACCCGGGAUGCCGGAAAGUCUGGGCAACGAGAAGGAUAACUCGAAGGAGAUAGCAAACAAUUCGCGAAACGGAGGUGCGUACGAGAAUCGUUCCGCAGAUAACGCUCUGCGAGAAACGGACGCGAAUGAGAAACAAUGGCCCAUGAGAACAAUCGAUGAUAAGAUAUCACAUUCUUUGGGCGGCGACGUGAAUUCCUUAAAUUCGCGAGAGGCGAUUAUCCAGCAUCCUCGGGACGCGUCGAAGAAGAUCAAAUCUGAAUUGUCGUUGUUGAGGGAAUUGAGCGACAAAGAAUCCGCGAAAAUCAUAAAAGACUGUUUGCCGGAAUCGCGCCCGUUACGAUCGCCCACGAGGAAGACCGGUCAAAGGAAAAUCUCAGAGUUUUUCCAGCGCACGUUGUAAAUAUCGAACAGAGAGAGAGAGAGAGAGAGAGUAGUCUCGUACAAACGCACCUUCAAUCUCGCUCUCCCUGCAACUUUUAUUUAUAGUUGUAAACAUAUUUGCAGUUCAUGUCAAUUCCCAAUGGAGUCACGGAAUGUAAUGUAAAUAAAAUUCUGCGUUAACCGAU